AUGUAUAAGAAUCUCGGAUCAGCAGAUGGGCACGAGGAAUUGGACGAGAUCAAAGCGACCUGUGAGCGGCAUGCCGAUCUGUGCCGACAAUACGCCAAAUGCAGUCUAGACCUUCAGAUGAACGAUGCCCAACUAGAAAUUCUAUCUGAAACCGCUGAAACGUUGCGACAACGUCAUGCUCAGAUCAGGAGGACCAUCGACGAGAAGCCUCAACGACUCUCAAGUGGAAUGCUGAGCCCGAAGAAGCCUCCCUAUGACAAAUUUCUCAAUUACCUCGGUGGCAAGGCCAUAGAUCAGGGUUUAUCGGCCAAAAACAAAAAUAUAACAAUUGCAGCUAUUAAUGGAAAUAAAUGUAUUAUACGAGUAAUACCUAUUCUCUCAUAG